GAGAGAGAGAGAGAGAGAGAGAAUCGGGGAAUGGAAUGGCCUCAGCCUCCUCCAAACCGAAGACACAGUCUCGACAGUUGGACCUCGUCGGCGAGACUCAAACCCGCUGCAAUGGCGGCGACCAGUGACAGCGAAACGGGAACGCUCCUUUCGACCUUUGAUCAAAUCUAUGAAGAUUUUGAGAGAGGAGUAGCAGAGAUCCAAUCGCUGAGGUUGAGCUGUGAUGCCGAGGUUAGAAAGCGAGAAGCUCUUGAAAUCAGUUGUGACGGCCUAAAACAAGACAACGAGAGGCUCACAAAGCUGUACUCAAGUUGCAUGAACAAUUUGGCUGAUCAGCUUGAAAGUCGCACUAAAUGCCAGAGAUUGGAAGAGGAAAUUAAGAGACUGAUUGAUGAACACCACCGUAAAGCAAUUGAGCAAAUUGGGUGUAUAGAAUUGCUGCAACAAGAUUAUACAACUAAGGUUGAAGCGUUAGAGACCCAGAUUAGAGGCUUUCAAACAGAGAAAGCGUCACAUGAAACAACCAUUAAUCAACUCUGCCACGAGUUAACAACACAUAAAAUCCAUAUCCAAGCUCUAGCAAGCAGGUUAGAGCAGCUCCAUUUUGACUUGGAUUCAAAAUAUCAACUCGAGAUUCGGGAUUUGAAGGACUGUCUUCUACUUGAGCAGGAGGAGAAGAAAGACUUGAUUAAGAAGCUUCAUAAUCUAGAAAAGGAAUGUGCGUCAGCAGUUGCUUCACUUCUAUUUUUCUUUUCAAGUACAAUAGAUCUUUCCUUUUUGCCUGUUCUGGACUAUCCUAAAUACCCAGUAAGUGCUUAUAACCAGAACAAAGUUUGCUCAAGAGCAACGAGAUUCAGCUACAAGUCGGCAGGUGGAAAUACUUAAGCAGAAGGUUAUGAACUUGAGGAGGGAAAACGAAAUUCUGAAAAGGAAGCUCCCUGCUUCAGGAGAGGGGUAGAGUCUGUCUCUGAUACAUUGCAGUGCUUCUGCAUUUUGGACAAAAUCAUUGGACCCCCUAUUACCCCUGAUUUCGUUGUUAACUGGAAUAGCUGCAGCUAUAAUAAUUGAGGGGAUCCUGUUUUACUUGUUUCAAGCGGCAUCUUGACCAUCUUUCUCUUGAGAUAAAAUAUGCUCCGUUCAGUUUCA